AUGAAUAUCAUUAUACAAGUAGUGUUGUUGCUUUUUUUGUGUGUGUCAUUUGCGGAACCAUGGAUGUACGGGUUCUCAAGGUCAUCACGUCGAACUGACCUAAAGUUGGAGUGCCCUGCGGUGAAGGCCAUACGAAACUUUGAUCUGGAAUCAAUGAUGGGAUUUUGGUAUGUCGUCCAAUAUUAUGCAUCAUCUGAGGAGCUUCCUGAAUAUGCCUGCAUGCAAAGUCAUUUUACAUUUUCGGAUCAAGAUCAGCAUGUAACUAUGGACUUUACAUAUAUUUAUGCAGAGGAUCCCUUAAAAGAAAAACUGCAAGGAAAUAUUACAUGGAUGAUUCCGCAAUUUGACGUACCUGCUCAUUGGAUGCACACAGAAGAUAUUUAUGAAGGAAUUUAUAACACCUACAUAUUGGAUACUGAUUACAAAAGCUGGGGACUUAUAAUGCACUGCGCUGAAAAGAAUAAAUCACCACGAUAUCUUUCAGCUUUACUUUUAUCCCGUGAACCCACACUUGGAGAUAAUGUCAUUAAUUUUCUACGAGAAAAACUUCCAAGAUAUGACAUAGAUUUGUCCUUUAUGUUUCCCAUUAAUCAGAGUUCAUGCAAUGAUAUUAGAGAAAGUGCUGAUGAAACACCUUUUACCUAUGUUGUCAAUGGCCGCAAAUUUCCAAAGAAUAUAUUUAAAAUAAUCAAUAAACACUAAAGAAAAUGUAAAUAUGCAAUAAAAUAAAUAUGAGAUUCUGUUAUUAAA